CUCGUACAUUUGAAUAGAUGUGUGUCGCCGUGCUCUGCGUGUCGCCUCAGAGCUGCAGAGAGCAGACCAGCAGCCAGACGGACCGACACAGGGACCCUCUACACCCAGAGACCCUCAGCAUCCUCAAUCAUCUCACAGGUUCCAAACAUGGAAACCCCCACGCAGAUCCCUGCAGAGGAGCUGGAGGAGCUCAGAGAAGCUUUCUCAAAGAUCGAUGUGGAUAACAACGGUUUCAUCAGUAAAGCCGAGCUCACAGACCUUUUCAAAGCCGCUAACCUGGCUCUGCCCGGAUACAGGAUCAGAGAGAUCGUCCAGGAGCUGACCAGGACCAGCGAACAGCUCACCUUUGAUGAGUUCACUCAGGUCGUCCGCGGGCUGAAGAGCUCCGAGGUGGCGAAGACGUUCAGGAAGGCGAUCAAUAAAAAAGAGGGAAUCUGUAACGUGGCAGGAACCUCCGAGCAGUCAGGAACUCAGCACUCGUACUCAGAGGAGGAGAAGGUGGCCUUUGUGAACUGGAUCAAUAAAGCUCUGGAGAAAGAUCCAGAUUGUCAGCAUGUUCUGCCCAUGGAUCCUUCUGGAAAUGACCUUUUCACCGCCAUGGGAGACGGGAUUGUUCUCUGUAAGAUGAUCAACCUGUCUGUUCCCGACACCAUCGACGAGAGAACCAUCAACAAGAAGAAGCUCACGCCGUUCACCAUCCAGGAGAACCUGAACCUGGCUCUGAACUCAGCGUCGGCCAUCGGCUGUCACGUGGUCAACAUCGGCGCCGAGGACCUGAAAGAGGGCAGGCAGCACCUGGUCCUGGGUCUGCUGUGGCAGGUCAUCAAGAUCGGACUGUUCGCCGACAUCGAGCUCAGCAAGAACGAAGCUCUGAUCGCUCUGCUGCGUGACGGAGAGUCUCUGGAGGAUCUGAUGAAGCUCUCUCCUGAGGAGCUGCUGCUCAGGUGGGCCAACUAUCACCUGGAGGAGGCGGGCUGUGGGAAGAUCAACAACUUCAGCUCUGACAUCAAGGACUCUAAGGCGUACUACAGCCUCCUGAACCAGGUGGCACCCAAAGGAGACGAGGAGGGAAUCCCGGCGAUCGCCGUUGACAUGUCGGGGAUCAGGGAGAAGGAGGACCUGAAGCGGGCCGAGUGCAUGCUGGACCAGGCCGACCGCCUCGGCUGCAGACAGUUCGUCAUGCCCACAGACGUUGUCCGAGGAAACCCCAAACUGAACCUGGCCUUCGUCGCCAACCUGUUCAACAAAUACCCGGCUCUGAAGAAACCCGAGAACCAGGACAUCGACUGGAGCUCCAUCGAAGGUGAGACCAGAGAGGAGCGGACGUUCAGGAACUGGAUGAACUCUUUGGGAGUGAACCCUCGAGUCAAUCACCUCUACGCAGACAUCGAUGACGCUUUGGUGAUCUUCCAGCUGUACGAGAAGAUUAAGGUUCCCGUGGAUUGGGACAAAGUGAACAAACCUCCGUAUUCUAAACUGGGCAGCAACAUGAAGAAGCUGGAGAACUGUAACUAUGCCGUGGAGCUGGGGAAGAAGGAGGCCAAGUUCUCUCUGGUCGGCAUCGCAGGUCAGGACCUGAACGCCGGGAAUCGAACCCUCACCCUCGCUCUGCUGUGGCAGCUCAUGAGGAGAUACACUCUGAACAUCCUCGAGGAUCUCGGCGAUGGACAGAAAGUGAUCGAUGACACCAUCGUGGUCUGGGUGAACGGCACGUUGUCUCAGGCUGGAAAAACAACCAUCAGCAGCUUCAAGGACGGCUCCAUCAGCAGCAGCAUGCCUGUCCUGGAUCUGAUCGAUGCGAUCCAGCCCGGAUCGAUCAAGUACGACUUGCUGAAGACUGAAGACCUGACGGAGGAGGAGAAACUCAACAACGCAAAGUACGCCAUCUCCAUGGCGAGGAAGAUCGGCGCCCGUGUGUACGCGCUGCCGGAGGACCUGGUGGAGGUGAAACCAAAGAUGGUGAUGACGGUGUUCGCCUGCCUGAUGGCGCGUGGCAUGAAGAGAGCGUAAAGAACGAAACCAUAAACGUAAAGGACAGACUGAAGAUAACGUGAAAUGUAUGAACGCUUACUUACAGGGUACGGAUACUUUGACACUUUGAGAAUCAGAAAGGGUUAAUUUAGGCUCCACCCACUGCUGACUGUUACAUCUACUUCUAUUUCAUCAAAUAAGAAAAUCUGAACUUUCACUUUUGACUCCGAUCUUUGGGCAGAAUGAUCUCAACUGUUUUUUUGAAAACACUUCACAACAAAUAAACAGAUUUUGUAUGAAAA